GGGAAACGUAGUCCCUGGCCUGGGCCGCGGGCAGCGGUGUUCUGCGGGCUCAGCGGUGACAGCUCGAGAGUCCUCUGAAGCAUCUCUGCCACCUCAUGGGCUACCACCUGCCCUCCCCCAGAGUGUGUGUGCUUAGCAGGGUCCAUCAUGGACCAGUCUGUGGCCAUCCAGGAGACUCUGGCUGAGGGGGAAUACUGUGUCAUCGCAGUGCAAGGUGUGCUGUGUCAGGGAGACAGCCGGCAGAGCCGCCUGCUGGGACUGGUGAGGUGUCGCCUGGAAGAUGGCAGCCAGGAGCAUGCUCUCUUCCUGUAUACGCACCGGAGGAUGGCCAUUUCGGGCGAUGAUGUCUCUUUGGACCAGAUAGUGCCAGUCUCGAGGGACUUUACAAUGGAAGAAGUGUCUCCUGAUGGUGAAGUGUACAUCCUUGGUUCAGAUGUGACUGUGCAGCUGGACACUGCUGAGCUCAGCCUUGAAUUCCAACUACCCUUUGGAUCACACACCAGGAUGUUUCUCCAGGAAGUCACCAGAGCCCAUCCAGACACAGGCAUCACCCCUGCGACCCGGGAUCCCGAGUUCCUGUGGCUGUCCAGAUACAGACGCGCCAAGCCAGGUCCCGAGCCGCCCUCGCCAAGCGCGCGGAACUCCGACCCGAGUCCUUGGACGGAGUGCGGGACAAUUGGAGGAGGCAGGUAUCGGUUUCGGAAAGGGCCGGUAGGGAUUGGAGAACGCCCAGCUCCGGGGGGCGGGUCCGUUCUGUUUGGGGGCGGGGAUACCGAGGAGCCUGGCUUUGGAUUGGCGGAGGCGGCACUCGGGGGCGGGGCCAUGGAGGGGCGGGGCGCGCGUGCGCGGGAGAGAGGGAGGGAGGCCGGGCGGCGGGAUGAAGUGCUUGAGGAAGCAACCGGGGAAAUGUCGGCCGCAGCCGGCUCCCGCGAGCGCGACUGUGCAGGUGGUUCUAACUUUGACAGCUCAAGGCCAAACGGGAGAGGCCUGCUUGUGGACCAAAGCUCUGGGGCCAGAAGUCAGGAUAAAUCAGAAAACUUGCUCACAAGACAGAAUAGAUCCAAGGCUGAAAUUACUGACUUGGUUCGUUCCUCCACCAUCACAGUGUCAGACAAGGCUCAUAUUUUAUCAGUGCAGAAGUUUGGACUGCGAGACACAAUUGUGAAAUCAUAUCUUGUACAGAAAGAAGAGGAUUAUACCUAUAUCCAGAACUUCAGGUUUUUUGUGGGAACUUACAAUGUGAAUGGGCAGUCCCCCAAAGAAUGCCUCCGGCCCUGGCUGAGCCAUGGUAUCGAAGCCCCAGAUGUGUACUGCGUAGGGUUCCAGGAGCUUGAUCUGAGCAAGGAGGCCUUUUUCUUUCAUGAUACCCCAAAGGAGGAAGAGUGGUUUAAGGCUGUGUCAGAGAGCCUUCAUCCAGAUGCCAAGUAUGCAAAGGUGAAGCUCAUCCGACUAGUUGGGAUUAUGCUGCUGUUAUACGUCAAACAGGAACAUGCAGCCAGUAUCUCAGAAGUGGAAGCUGAGACUGUUGGGACAGGAAUCAUGGGGAGGAUGGGGAACAAAGGAGGCGUGGCGAUCAGGUUCCAGUUGCACAACACCAGCAUCUGUGUCGUGAAUUCCCACUUGGCAGCCCACACAGAAGAGUAUGAAAGGAGGAACCAAGACUAUAAAGACAUCUGUUCUCGAAUGCAGUUUCAUCAGGUUGAUCCGAGCCUUCCCCCUCUCACCAUCAGUAAGCACGAUGUGAUCUUGUGGCUGGGGGACCUCAACUACAGGAUAGAAGAGCUGGAUGUGGAAAAAGUGAAAAAGCUCAUCGAAGAGAAGGCCUUUCAAACCCUGUAUGCAUAUGAUCAGCUGAAACUCCAGGUGGCUGCCAACACUGUCUUUGAAGGCUUCACAGAGGGUGAGCUCACAUUCCAGCCUACCUACAAGUACGAUACAGGCUCCGAUGACUGGGAUACCAGUGAGAAGUGUCGUGCUCCUGCCUGGUGUGACCGAGUCCUCUGGAAAGGAAAGAACAUCACUCAGCUGAGUUACCAGAGCCACAUGGUCCUGAAGACCAGCGACCACAAGCCUGUCAGCUCGGUGUUUGAUAUUGGGGUGAAGGUCAUAAACCAAGAGCUCUACCGGAAGACUCUGGAGGAAGUUGUUCGCUCCCUGGACAAGAUGGAAAAUGCCAGCAUUCCUUCUGUGACCCUCUCAAAACGAGAGUUCUGUUUUAAGGAUGUGAAGUACAUGCAGCUGCAAGUAGAGUCUUUUACAAUUCAUAAUGGACAGGUCGCCUGUCAGUUCGAGUUCAUCAGCAAGCCUGACGAAGAGACUUACUGUAAGCAGUGGCUGAGUGCCAACCCCUGCCGAGGGUUUCUCCUGCCAAAUUCUGACACUGAGAUUGAACUGGAGCUCUUUGUAAAUAAAACUACAGCCACAAAGCUCAACUCUGGUGAAGACAAAAUUGAGGACAUUCUGGUCUUGCACUUGGACAGAGGAAAGGAUUACUUUUUGUCUGUGUCUGGGAACUACCUGCCCAGUUGCUUCGGGUCUCCCAUUCAUACAUUGUGCUUCAUGAGGGAGCCGAUCUUGGACCUUCCACUUGAAGCUGUUAGUGAGCUGACCUUGAUGCCACUGCAGAAUGAAUAUGAUGUGAGCCAUCUGGAAAGCCCCCAGGAAAUCCCCAAAGAGCUUUGGAUGAUGGUUGACUAUCUGUACCGGAAUGCUAUCCAGCAGGAAGAUCUGUUUCAGCAGCCAGGCCUGCGGUUGGAAUUUGAGCAUAUCAGGAAAUGUCUGGACACUGGAAUGAUUGAUGAACUCUCCGCCAGCAGCCAUUCCGUUGCCGAAGCCCUGCUCCUUUUCCUGGAGAGUCUGCCAGAGCCUGUCAUCUGUUACAAUGCCUACCAUAGGUGUUUGGAGUGCUCUGGCAAUUACACAGCAAGCAAGCAGGUCAUUUCUACUCUUCCCGCAUGCCACCAAAAUGUCUUCAACUACUUGAUGGCGUUUUUGCAAGAAUUGCUAAAAAAUUCAGCAAAGAAUCAUUUGGAUGCAAAUAUUCUAGCUAGCAUAUUUGGCAGCUUGUUGCUUCGAAACCCAGCUCAUCACCAGAAGCUUGAAAUUGCAGAGAAGAAGAAGGCUCAAGAGUUUAUUCACCAGUUCCUCUGCAACCCUCUCUGAGCCUCAGCAUCUCCUCCUCUUUUACCCAAGGUAGCCUAAGCUGUUUCCACUCAAGAGACACCUUAGGAUGAUCCGAAACCAUGCAGAAGCAAGAAUGGCACCUGCCUGAUUUUGAGUCUCAACCUGCCCCUUUCUGGUGCCAUUGGUUAGCAAACCUACUGCUGAGUUGUGAAGACACUGGGGACAGCUAUCAUAAUAAAACUGACACUUAAUAUUCAACUUUGGUUACUUAACAUCAGAAGAUCUCUAUUAAUUUUUACUUUGAGACUUUUAAAGCAACUGUACUUUUUCUCAUUCAACCUGCCUGUAGGGCAUAGUUAAUGAUUCUGUAGCCUCAGCUGAAUCUCUCAUGAUUGUAUGUGAACUAACUGAAGUCCUGGAGGGAAAAUGAGUUGGACACAAGAAUGCAGGUAGAUGCUCCUGGAUAAACAAGUCUUAGCCACUCCAUUUGCUUCCAUUGUCAAGUCGGAGGACAUGUGCCCAUAUGCAUAAAACACCUCUAUUUAGAUAUGGCUCUGGAACUGAAGCUGGUCAUUCACCGUGACUGGUAAUGCAGUGACUUAAAGGUGAAGGCACUGAAGGAAAAGCUGGUUUUGGUGAAACAAGUGGAAUUUUCCUGGCCAGCAAAUCCACCAAACUGUAUAUGAUGCAUUCUCUCUCUUGUGUAAUAUGUAUUUUAAUGAUAAAUGUAUUUUUAACAAUG